ACCAGUUCCUGUGCUCCAUCUGUCUGGAGGUGUUCACUGAUCCAGUCCCACACCAUGUGGACACAACUUCUGUAAAACCUGCAUCAAUAAACACUGGAUACUGAUGUUCCCUAUCAGUGUCCCAACUGUAAAGAGGUUUUUAACAUAAAACCUGAGAUUAAGGUCAACACUUUCAUCUCUGAGAUGGCUGCUCAGUUCAGACAGUCAACUCAACAGGACGCCAGCAGCAGCUCAGAGCAACAAUUGCCCGGACCAAAAGAAGUUCCCCGUGAACCAAAAGAAGGACCUGGAAGAAAGACCUGGAUGUUCUUCCUGCUGUGUCUGCUGUGUGUCUUCAUAGCCUGGAAGGUUUCAGACCAAAAGAAACAUCUCGUUGGUCCUCAGAAGGAAGAAUAUGAAGCAAAGAAAGCAGAACUGUGGAAGACAGGGGCUGAAAUACUGCAGAUGAUCCAGAAAAGACGACUGAAGAUUCAGGAGAUCAAACACUCAGUGGAGCUCAGUGAUGAAGAUGCUGACAGAGAGAUAGCAGAAGGUGUUCAGGUCUUCAGCGCUCUGAAGGAGUCUGUUGAGAGAAGCCAGGCCGAGCUCAUCGAGACGAUCCAAGAGAAGCAGAGAAGGACAAAGCAACCAGCUGAAGGCUUCAUCACAGAGCUGGAACAGGAAAUCUCUGAGCUGCAGAAGAGAAGCACUGAGGUGGAGCAGCUCCUACAGUCUGAAGACCACCUCCACCUCCUCCAGAGCUUCACCUCCCUGAACGCUGGUCCACCCACCAAGGACUGGACACAAGUCAACGUCCGUCCACCUUCAUAUGAGGGGACUGUGGUGAGAGCUGUGAAUCAGCUGGAGGAGACACUCAGAAAACACAUGAAGGAGCUGCUCUCUGAGUCUGGUCUGAAGAGGGUCCAGCAGUCUGAAGUAGAUGUGACUCUUGAUCCUGAUACAGCAAAUCCUGAACUCAUACUGUCUGAUGAUGGAAAACAAGUUUAUUAUGGUGAUGUGGUGAAGAAUCUCCCAGACAAUCCAGAGAGAUUUGAUACUAGUGCUAUUGUCUUAGCAAAGCAGAGUUUCUCUUCAGGAAGAUUUUAUUUUGAGGUUCAGGUUAAAGGGAAGACCGACUGGGCUUUAGGAGUGGUCAGAGAGUCGGUCAACAGGAAGGGGGACAUCACACUGAGCCCUCAGGACGGUUACUGGGUAUUAGAGUUUUUGAAAUCCAUUGAGUACUACGCUCUUGCUGACCCUGAUGUCUUUCUGACUCUCAGGUCUUGCCUCAGAAGUGGGGGUGUUUGUGGAUUAAGCUUCGCCUCCCUGAACGCUGUUCCACCCACCAAGGACUGGACACAAGUCAACGUCCGUCCACCUUCAUAUGACAAUACUGUGGUGAGAGCUGUGACUCAGCUGGAGGAGAUGCUCAGAAAACACAUGAAGAAGCUGCUCCCUGAGUCUGGUCUGAAGAGGGUCCAGCAGCAUGAAGUGGAUGUGACUCUUGAUCCAGAUACAGCACAUCCCUGGCUCAUCCUGUCUGAAGAUGGGAAACAAGUUAAUCAUGGCAAUAUGUGGAAGAAUCUCCCAAACAAUCCAGAGAGAUUUUACUAUUAUUUUAAUGUCUUAGCAAAGCAGAGUUUCUCUUCAGGAAAGUUUUAUUUCGAGGUUCAGGUUAAAGGGAAGACUGAGUGGUUAUUAGGAGUGGUCAGAGAGUCGGUCAACAGGAAGGGACCAAUCACAGCGAGCCCUCAGGAUGGUUACUGGACGUUAUGGUUGAGAAAUGGAAAUAAAUACAAAGCUCUUGCAAACCCUACUGUCCUUCUGUCCCUGAAGUCUCCUCCUCAGAGUGGGGUGUAUGUGGAUUAUGAGGAGGGUCUGGUCUCCUUUUAUGACGUUGAUGCUGCAGCUCUUAUCUACUCCUUUACUGGCUGCUCCUUUACUGAGAAACUCCUUCCAUACUUCAGUCCCAGUCUUAAUAAUGGUGGUAAAAACUCUGCCCCUCUGAUCAUCUCUCCUGUCGGUCACUGAGGAGAACAAAAUGUUCAGUUUAUAAAAUCACAGGAAAAGAGACCACCGAACAUCCAUGAGAUUCAUUUUCUUUUCUACAGUAUUAAAUAAUGAUGACAGUUGACAUUUAGUCAACUUUGGUAGAGACAGCUUUCUCCAUUUUCACAUAAAGAUCUCACACAAUUUCACAACUGAUUAAAAGUCAAUGAACAAGUAACUCUUCAUGAGGAAAAAACCACAGAUACACUUUAAAAUAGGACGGUGAUUCAGAGAGGGUGGUUUCAUUACAGGAAGAUCAGCAAUAUGUUUUUAAUAUUACACGGUGAGCUGAACUUUGGAUCAUUGAUGGUCAUAAAAGUUUUAAAGUAUGAGAAAUUUUCUCAUAUCUCUCACUGACAUUUUUGUCACUUUUUCAACGUUCUAUUA